AUGAAUCAGCGGAAAGGGAAGAAUAAAGCCUUUACGCAAGCAUACUUCACCAUCAUCGACAUCAACGCCGCUGCUUUGGCAAGGACUCUAAUCAUGUUCGAUAUGGGUUUCCGAUACGCUGCCAUGAAAACCCAGAAGAUGCCGCGUAUUGAGGAUGCCCUCACAGUCAUGUCUUACAUGUUCUCUUCGGCAUUCAUGCCAUCAUUCGCUGCCGAGAAGAUGCUUGAGCACAUUCGAACAGUCAUUGAUGAGCUGGAGGAGCAAGGCGACGGAGUCGGGUCUGACUUCAUGGGCAUGUUUUACCUUCCAAGGGAGACACGGAUACAAGUUGUCCGCAAGCUCAAACAAUGGGCUGAGCCUCUAGGAGAAAAGUACGCUACGAAAAGGCUUCGUCCUCUCAUGAUGGAAAAUCUUGAGAUAGAGAAGUUUCGGAGGAGCAUGAUGUUGAACUUCGAUGCUGCAAAAGUUCCGUACGAGAACAGAAGUGACCAAGAGUUCAACGAGUUAGGUGUCGUCUUUGGCAACCAACAAGGUUCCAAGGCGGAGCUCCUGGAGCACAUCGACACUCACUGGGUUACGAACCCUACAGUCCUUGACAUGGAUUACCAGCCCCGGCGAGAGCAAGAAAUCAGAGCGUCGCAAGGUCUAUCGGAAGUGCCUCCGGGCUUUGACUGGAAUCCUGCGGAGAUGAUCAAAAGCUUGCGCAGUAUCUUGAGCACUGAAAAGGAAGAAGACGUUCUCAAAAUUGUGAGCGAAGUUUUUGAGCAUUUCUCACUUGUCAUGAUGAACCUUCAUAGCCGCAUCAAAAUUGAGGUGAUUGCCGGAGAGAUGGCGGACGUAUUGGACCGCAUUAGGCACGGCAACUUGAAGGAUCGCUUGCAGCGACCCAACGAUGUUGAAGCGAUUGACCCUACCCAGUUUCCCCGGGAGUACGACCGCAUUCACAUGAACAAUAUACCCGACUAUAUUGGCGGGCCUUUGGCUGCUUUUCUCACCGGCGGGCCUCUUCUCCGCCAGGAUCGACCUUCCAACCUAAGGUUCAACAACCUCCUCAACCCUCCCAUGUUCAAAAGUCACGAUCAGUUCCUCGCGGAGUAUGUUCUCAUGCACGAUGCUAAGGAAGUUGAGAGCAAUUUUGGUGUCACCCGGGAAAAGAAUCCUAACCCUCCUGAGGUGGAUGAAGCCGCCUUACUGCAGAUGUUUGGGGGCAACAAAUUUGCAAUUGAGGAUUACUUCAUCUGGGCCAAGUCCAGCACUAAGACCACUCUCAGCAAGCGAUUGAUGUCACGAUCUGCCCUGGAGCGCUGGUUAUAUCUUCACUUGCUCAAGAUUUGCCUUCCCUACCCUCGGCCGAAGUUGUCGGAUCGUCCAGUCCACGCCCCUUUGAACUUGACGACGUUCCUGAGGAUAGUCGGUCAUAUGCACGACGUCGGUUACCCGGCGCACUGGCUAUCGGGCGUGCUAUCCUCUGUAUGCGAAGGAAGCAUUAGUACAACCGCGCGGGCCCCUUGGGAACUUGUUGUCAGCCCUGAAAAUUUGAGCACAUCCUACCCGCAGCGCAAGAUCUGUCUGAAUCCCUGGAGAGCCGAGUUCACGACUUUACUCAGUCUCUGGGUUGGCUUAUUCCCUUUCGGUAUCAUCACUCCGGAAAGUGCCUUGGUUCCUGCUGAAAAGGUCGUUGAAUGCACUGUAGCGUUUCCUGGAUUCUUCGAGGCUCAGGGUCGGAUAAUGCACUUCGUCCUCGCGAUCUUCAACACAACUGAAGUCGAUCCGCGCAACUUUGAUCUCCGGGAGCUCCUCUCGGACGACGAAGACGGCAACUCAUCGGACUCGGCACGCAAGUUCAGGGAGAGUUCUGUUCACAUUGUGACGGCAUUCAGAUUCUCGACAGCUACAUGCACUGCCACGUUCUGGAUGCGCCAAGAUGUACUUGAUGAGUUUACGAGCACAGAUUCUUGGCAAAUUUGCAUCUGCCGUACGGACAGCUGGGAAGAAGUCAGUAGUCGGGUGUCUGCAUCUGAGAGCAUGAGCCGUAUAGGCACCUGGGAGCGCGAGUAG